GUCAAGUAUACACAACGGCUUUUUCACAGUAUGGACAUGUAUCUGUUGUAUUCAAGUGUGUAUUACACGCACAGAAACUCCGGAUCAACCCAGGACUGAUAAUAUUCCUCGAUAAACAUUUCAUUAAAAUUCAAGCAACUUUACAUUAACAUGGAAAGUCUCAGGCUGCAGACUCAGUGGAAAUACCUUCUAAAAUCUUGUAUCAGAAAACAAGAGCUUACCAAAAGGUGCUUCCAUCACACAUCCCCACUGCCAUACAAGAGCCAGUGUCAUGUCAGUAACCAUAGUUACAGGAUAAUAGCUACAAGCAGUCCCAUGAACAUGAUGAAGGGCAGACAUACAUGGCAGGCUUCACCAGCACAGCAAAUAAGACCUUGUGUACUUUGUCAAGGGAUGAAUAGAAGGCAUGUCUGCAGAAAGCAUUUUAGUACAACUUCUAGAAAAAUGGAAAUAACGUUAGACACUGUGUUCUCAGUAAAUAACAAGAAACGCGUACAAGAUGAUCUGUUACGUGUUCAACCCUCCAGGGGGUCAAGGUCAAAGCAAGGUCACUCAGCAGUGCUUGUGCCUCUGUGUACAGUCAAUGGAGAGCCAGCCUUCCUGUUUACCCUCAGGUCAAGUUCUCUACGCAGUCACAGAGGUCAGGUCAGUUUUCCAGGUGGCAAGAUGGAUGACACUGACAGGGACCCUGUCCAUACUGCCCUGCGGGAAACAUGGGAGGAACUUGGCAUCACCAUGGAAACAGUAGACAUUUGGGGAUCUAUGAUGGCUCUUCCAACCAGGGUGACUGGUGGCAAAGUGACGCCGGUGAUUGGCUACUGUGGUGAGGUGGACGUCGAUGGGCUCACUAUCAGUGAGGAUGAGGUUGAGUUAGUCUUCACACGCACAAUAAAAUCAAUUUGCGAGCCAAAACACAAUGGCCAGACCCAGUUUCGAACCAGUCCCGGCUACACCCUGCCCGUGUUUCUUGGUGGAGAACAUAGAAUCUGGGGACUGACGGCCAUGAUUCUGCACAUGGCUUUGACCAUCAUCGCCCCAGGAUUGUAUCGCCACAAGCUCCGACAUCGGUCUUGAUGAUGACUCUGUUUAGGAUAUAUAUAGUCUGUUAUAUAAUUUAUUUAUCAUGAUUGUUUCAAAUGCUUAACAUCUUAAAGGCAGAAAAUGAAUUACUUUUAACGUACCCUUAUUUUUAUAAAAACAUGUUCUUAUUCUCUCUAAUUUAUGGAAUUACCCGGUGAUUGAAGAAGUCAAAGUAGAUUUUUGGCUCCAGUUUCUCUGUAGCUGUACAGGAGCAGUGGGGUAGCCUUGUGGCUAAAGUGAUCGCUAAUCACGCCGAAGACCCAGGUUUGAUUCCCCACAUGGCUACAAUAUGUGAGGCCCAUUUCUGGUGUCCCCUGCCGUGAUAUUGCUGGAAUAUUAUUGCUAAAAGCGGCGUAAAACUAUACUCACUCACUCACUGUACCUGUACCACAGAAUGACAGCAGGCUUUGUGCUGUAGCUAGAAAGUCAGUGUGGUUUGAUGUCGCAUUUAAGUUUAUUGCACUUAUAUUGAGACAUAUAAGCAUGUGUGUAUAAGGCUGCUUGUACUAGCCAAGACAGGGCGGUGGGGUAGCCUAGUGGUUUAAGCGUUGGCACAUCACACCGAAGACCCGGGUUCAGUUCCCCAGUGGGUAAA